AUGACCCAAUCAAUGAAACUAUCUUUGGCAACAGAGGCGGAGAACGAUAGGGAAAAAACCUCGGAACCUCCAGGAAAGAUCAAGGAAUUAUUGAAGAAGUUCCAAGAUAUUCUUCCGGACGAUCUUCCGAAUGAGCUACCGCCAUACCGAACGCAUCAACACGAGAUCGUGGAGGAACCGGGUUCGAAGCCGACCUUUCGAGCACCAUAUCGGCUCAGCCCUACGGAGCUGACCGGCAUGAAAGAACAAAUCGAGUAUCUCCUAGCCAAAGGACUCAUCCGACCAUCCACUUCGCCAUACGGUGCCCCAGUACUCUUCACACCGAAACCGGACGGAAGCCUGCGCAUGUGCAUCGACUACCGAGCUCUUAACAAGCAGACCAUCAAGAAUAAAUAUCCAAUACUGCGAAUCGACAAUCUGCUUGACCAGCUUCGGGGAGCUACGGUAUUUUCCAAACUGGAUCUGCGGUUCGGAUACUGGCAGAUACGCAUGGCGGACAACUCUAUCCACAAAACAACUUUCCGAACUCGGUAUGGAUCGUACGAGUAUUUGGUAAUGCCGUUCGGACUCACCAAUGCACCUGCAACGUUCCAAGCCGAAAUGAACCACAUUCUACGACCACUUUUGGACGAGUGCGUGGUGGUGUACCUGGACGACAUCCUCAUCUACUCGCGCGACAUGAAGCAGCACGUCGAACACCUGCGACGCGUCUUCGAAAUUCUUCGACGAGAACGAUUCUACGUCAAACUGUCCAAGAGCGAAUUCGCCCUUGAGAAGGUCCAGUUCCUAGGACACAUGGUGAGCGCUCAAGGAGUUCACGUCGACCCCAAGAAAAUCGAAGCCGUACGCACAUGGAAGACACCCGAGAACGUGAAGGAGUUGCAGCAGUUCCUAGGCUUCGCUAAUUACUACAACAAGUUCGUGCCACAGUAUGCAAAACUCGCAACACCACUCACGAAUCUGUUGAAGAAGAACACGCCCUACAAAUGGGAGUCGAAGCACCAGGAAGCCAUGGAGCAGCUGAAACAAGCACUUACGUCCGCACCCGUACUCAUUUUGCCAGCCCCGAACGCGACUACGUCAUCGAAGCUGACGCCAGUGACCAAGCAGUGGGAGCAGUCUUGAUGCAAGAUCAAGGGAAUGGACUG